AUGGAGGAAGACAAUUCAUCUGUGACAGAUCACUCCUCAGACGAAAGUGACGCAGCCUUCGACAUUGAGUAUGUCGUAGAAUCGGAUACCUCCACUGAUCCUGAGGAUGACAAAAAGCCCAAGAAAAAGGAAGGGAAGAGCCACCCUUGCACCGUUUGCGACAAAAUAUUUGACAGGCUUUCCAAACUUAACAGACUUUCACAGAAGAAGAGAAACUGUUACGACACCAGGAUUCCCACAACCGGAAAAAGGAGCAGCCCGUGCCCCGACUGCGAUAAAGUGUUCAACAACCCUUCCAGGCUAUUGCGGCAUCAACGCGUCCACACCAGGAAACCAAAGGUGCCCCACCAGUGUUCCUUCUGCUCCAGGACAUUCGAUAAACUGUCCAAGCGUAUCCGUCACGAACGAAUGCACACGGGCGAGAGGCCUUUCACCUGCUCCUUCUGUAAGAAGGGAUUCUCCGAGAUGGGUCACUGCAAAGCUCACGAAAAGAAGACGCACCAUGACAAUCCGGAGAAGCCCCACCGCUGCCCCGACUGCGACAUGUCCUUCUUCAGGGCCUCUGAACUCGGUCGACACCAGCGCACGCACACUCGGGAGAAACCUUUUCAGUGCAGCGAUUGUGGCAUCACCUUCGCCAGUUCCGAGAAUCUCAAGAGACACAUGAGGAGCCACACGGGCGAGCGGCCGUAUGUCUGCAUCACUUGCAGCAAGGGAUUUUACUCCCGUCAGGAUUUAAACAUUCACUUGCUGAUCCACUCAGGAGAAAAGCCCCACCUGUGCCCCGUGUGCGGCAAAGGGUUUGCACACCUGGGCAACAUGAAGGAGCACGAGAAGAACGUCCACGCAAAGUCCAGCAAGUACGUUUGCAACAAAUGCGGGGCCACAUUCACCUGGUACAAGUCUCUGAACCUGCACCAGCGGGUGCACACUGGGGAGAGGCCUUAUCUCUGCCUGCCGUGCGGUCGCAGCUUUUCCUGGCGUCACUGCCUGAGCAACCACCGCAGGACUCAGGCUCACAAGCAGAUGUUGAGCAACGCGGCCAAAAGCCUAGAAGAUUUUCAAGAGCUCGUUGAGGAUCAAUGCAGUUGA